CUGUCUUUGCACCACACUCUCCACUAAAAACAGAAAACCACUAUGGCUUCCAACAAGAGUAGUAGUACUCAUCAAGCAUUAGCAUUGCUCCUCUUCUUCCUCCUCACCCUCUCCUCUGCACAUGCCAAAGGUGGCAUAGCCAUCUACUGGGGCCAGAACAAUGGCGACGGUACCUUAACCUCCACAUGUGACACCGGAAACUUUGAGAUUGUGAUCCUCGCCUUUCUCUACACUUUCGGUUGUGGCAGAACUCCAGAUUGGAACUUUGCUGGCCACUGUGGGCCAUGGUCCCCUUGUGACAAACUCGAACCAGAAAUUAAACAUUGCCAAAGCAACGGUGUGAAGGUGUUCCUCUCCCUUGGAGGAGCCGUUGGGCCUUACUCCUUAUGCUCGCCGGACGAUGCCAGGAACGUCUCCGACUACCUUUACAAGAACUUCCUCACUGGCCAAAAGGGUCCAUUAGGGAGUGUGUACCUUGAUGGCAUUGAUUUCGACAUUGAAGGUGGUGGUGUGAACCUUUAUUGGGAUGACUUAGCUAGAGAACUCGAUGCACGCAGAAAGCAAGACAGGUACUUUUACUUGUCGGCAGCACCACAAUGUUUCUUCACAGAUUACUACCUUGAUACCGCCAUUAGAACUUGGCUUUUCGAUUACAUAUUCGUCCAGUUCUACAACAACCCUCCAUGCCAAUAUAGUAACGGCGACGCAUCUCUGCUCUUAUCUUCUUGGAAUACAUGGACCUCCUAUGUGAAGCUCAAUAACACCGUGUUUAUGGGGCUACCCGCUGCACCUGAUGCAGCUCCCAGCGGUGGCUAUAUUUCACCGCAAGAUCUGUGUACUAAGGUUCUUCCAACCAUCAAGCACACUCCUAACUAUGGAGGCGUCAUGCUAUGGGAUAGGUUCCGCGAUGUUACUAACCACUACAGCGAUCAAAUCAAGGAUUGUGUUAUAGUUGAUGAUAGUGUUAGGGUGUCACAGACUGUGAUGGCAACGUUAUCAAACACUGUAUCUCAAUGUGUAUCUGCAGCUUUCAACCGCAUCAUACCAAAACUAAGACCCUUUUAGAAUGAAUAUCUGCUAUUUAAUGAAGGAAUAAUAAGUGGUGGUGAUGAAUGGUGAUUACUUAUGAGUUAUGAGCUAUGUGCAAUCAAUAUCAUCAUCACCUUAAUUAGCAUCUACAGGCUUUGAUUCUUGUGUUCAAAGUAUGUUGAUGCUGUUAUGCAUGUACUGGUUUUUGCUUUGAAUAAUAAUACAAAGGUUUCACA